GCUUGGCUGCGAUCGUGGUGGUAGAUACCAAAAACGCACCGGCGUUGACGAUGACCAGCAUCAACGCAACACAGCAACACGGCUUAUUUCUUGCCCCUGGGCUGUGGCAGCACGUCAGGGAUUUGACAGCCAGUGGGGAUUUACCGUGAAGGAAGACCAUCACAACCAUGAGCCUUCGAUAGAGAUAUGAGGGCAUCCAACGAGCCGUCGCUUGUCUGAGGCAACAGCGCAGAGGAUCAAACAGCUUGCAUCUGCUGGGGUUGCUCCCCGCCAAAUUCCAUCAACUCUGCGAGCGGAAGACCCAUCGUUGUUUGCUAUCUCAAAGACGGUGUACAAUGCAAAAGCGAAACAGCGGCUUGAAGUUCUAGAUGGUCGUUACCCCAUCCAGGCAUUGCUUGAUGAGUUGCAAGGGAGCAACUACAGGUUCAAUGUUGAAUGCAACUCAUGUGGGAAUGUGCAGCGACUGUUUUUUGCCCAUCCUGACUCAAUCGCUAUGACCAUUAGAUAUUCAAACGUGCUACUGAUGGAUUGCACAUACAAGAUCAACCGUUUCCGCAUGCCCUUGCUGGUUGUAAUUGGGCGCACAUGGCACAAUAUGUCCUUCUUUGUCGCAUUUGCUUUCCUCGAAGGGGAGAACUCCGCCGAAUAUAUCUGGGCCCUAACCCAAUUAAAGAACCUUUUUGAUGGCGGCCAUAUCCCUGCUGUUCUAGUGACAGACGCGGACUUGGCACUUGAAAAUGCCAUAUCCGCUUUCCUUCCUAAGUGCCCUCACCUUUUCUUUAUUUGGCACAUUAACAAAAACGUACUUGCAAAAAGAAAAAAAUUCAUACCUGAUGGAAGAAAAUGGGGAACGUUUCAUGAAUGCAUGGACGGCCAUUUGCCGUGCAUCAACACCUACAUAAUUCGACACGCUGUGGGAAAAAAUGCGUGCGGAUUUCAAAGACGUUCCUGCAAUGCUGGAUUACGUGAAUAAGACUUGGAUUCCGCACAAGACCAAAUUUGUCAGCGCGUGGACAUACGAUUGCCUCCAUUUGCGAAAUACGACAACGUCAUGCGUGGAAGGCGCUCAUGCGAUGCUGAAACGAUUUUUGCAGGUUUUGACAGGCGACCUGCACGCUGUUCGGGAAGAGAUUGGCCGCGUACUUGCACAUCAAGUUGGCGAAUUGAAGGCAGCUGAAGCGAAGGAGCAUAUCCGUGUCCCACAUAGGUUGCGCAUCACGCUGUUUGCAAAUCUUGUUGGACGUAUCAGGCAUUUCGCUCUAAACCUUUUUUAUGGAAGGAGGCAGCAACUAAAUGGGAAUGCAAAACUUCCAGAGUGCACUGGUGUAUUUCAAAAAACGUUGGGCCUACCAUGUGCCCAGGAUCUUGCAAAGAUCCCGGCUGGCGCAGGCGAUUUGCUAACAGACGUGCAUCUACAUUGGCAUCUUGGCAGUUGCACGUGCACGGAUCGCGGAGCUAGCAAUCGGCCAGAUGCCUUUGCCGACAAACCCGCUGCCUGUGCAGCCAAAAGGAAGGCCGGUUGGGGCAAAGAACAAAACAAAGUCAUCCACCAUUGUCGGCCUUCGAACAUGUAACAAAGAGGGCGCAAUUGUGUGGUGAGUGCGGGGCACCUACCCAUGACAAGCGGACCUGUCCUCAGCAUAUGGCCAAGCAACGUACGUGGAAUACCACAACAUACAAGAGAAUUCUCGACACCACCUCUACCGCCAAAGGAUGGACCACCAAGUCAUUCAAGGAUGACGCGAAGACGGUCAACGUCAACGCUAAUCUGGCCACAUCGAUAUUUGUUCUGCAACCUCCGGGCUGACUCUCACUCAGACAUCAAGGAUAUCGCAAUGGAUGGAAAUUGCGGUUUUCAUGCAGUCGCGGCCGCAUUGAACGACAUGCACCCUGAACGUAAUAUGGAUUGGCGCCAAGUACGCCGUGACCUGCUUGGCUAGUAUAAGCAAGACCACCAGUUUUGGGACGGAUUGUUUGGCAAGACGGAGAACAUUCAAAAGCGUCUGGAUUGGUUCCAAAGUGGAACAGCACCAGUCGAACACUGGUUUGAUGCACCUCCUACGGCAAUUUUGGCUGCAGAUGUGUACACACGCCCUGUGGUUGUUCUGGAUGAAGACCCUAAGAUAGGCAACUGCACAUAUGUGCCAUUUCAUACCAGUAGUGGCAGCACGAUCCCCAUCUGCCUUGUUUUCGUUCAGAAGAACCAUUGGCAGCAUGCAACGUUGAAGACACCGCUCGCAUUACCUCCUAUCUGUCCUCUGUGGCGUACACUGAGUGACAAGAAAACACGUGAAUCCUGGAUGGCAAAACUCAGUUGUGACCUUCUAGCGUCGCUUGGCUUCAAAGGAGAGAAAGACAUGGAAACUAUAGAUCUCACAAAGUAGCGGAAAAAGCGUCGACAUAAUAGAGGCAUUGACCGGCGUUUGAAGUGUGGCGGCACAAGUGCCUUGGUGAUAGUGGUGGUGUCAAGGUUAGCUGUCAUAUCUCAUGUACUCUUUGGCUGGUUUUAAGCAAUGUGAAGAGAUGGCAGUAAGCUGUGCUCCUGUUUGGAGUGGCAGUAAGUAGCGCUUGGCUUGAUACAAUACGGUACCUAGAGUGGCAGUUAAAGCCCUAAUUAGCAGCAGUAAGCAGUACUUUGCAUGAUGCAAUUGUACUAACAGUAUGCAGUAUAGCAUUUGGGGUGGCAGACCUCGGGUGUGGGGUGGCAGUUAGGGGUGACGGGGGGUGUGGGGUGGCGGUUGGAAGUUGGGGUGGCAAUAGCAAUCCCCUAGAUUUAUACUCCAUGUCAUCAAUCUUGUAGUAUUGGAUUAGAUGAUGAGUAGAGUUCAUCUUUGUGUAUUUGUUUAAAGGGUACGACUAUGGCCACACCCGUUUUUGCUACGGCCACAUUCGCUUUUGCUACGGCCACACCCGCUCGUGUAAGUUGACUCGAUCAAAGCCUCUGAAGGGGGUUGAAGCGGCAUGACAGUCGAAAUAGAUCAAUAGAACGACAGCACCGGCGGCAACGGUACAAGCGGCAGCAACGCGGGAGACAGCGACGGCCGCAGCGGCCCCGCGCCCCUCAAAGCCUCUCGACUAAGCUCUCCUCUACCUUGCGGACGAGCUCGGCUUAGCAGCUAGGUUUGAGGGGAGGCGUGCUUUGACGCGCAAUCAGUUGUUUGUAUGUAGCGGGUGUGGCCGUAGCAAAAACGGGUGUGGCCCUAGUCGUUCC